GCAUUACAAACCUGCCAUUGUCUCCCUCUUACUCUGUCUGUUUCUCCACCUGGCCUCACCUCAUCGCUUAUAUGAUUGAUCCGGGGGAAAAUGCUGAAGUUCCGUGCGGACAGGCGAGUGAGUCAAAAUGACCCUAACGGAACAGCUGAACUCCAGCAAGUGAUCCAGACCCACCUGGAAGAGAACGGGCAGAUCCAGAAAGCCUUGCUGAGCUCAGAUUCGGAAAUGAACGCCAAAGUGGGUGACAGGAGGCACUUGAGCAAUGCCAACGAAGCACACAGCAACGGAAAAAACCUCAGCAUGGUUUCUGAGAUGCCCCCGGAUGCCAAGGACCACGCACGGGGUACGUGCACACCCAAGAGAACUGCCACGUUUGGGAAGCGCUCCAACUCCAUGCGGCGCAACCCCAACGCUGUGGUGACCCGGCAGGGCUGGCUCCACAAACAGGCAAGCAGUGGUGUGAAAAAGUGGAACAAACGCUGGUUCGUGUUGACAGAUAGAUGCCUUUUCUACUAUAAAGACGAGAAAGAAGAAGGGGUUUUGGGCAGUCUUCCUCUCCUCAGCUUUAUGAUCGGACCAGUCCUGCCAUCGGACAACAUCAGCCGCAAGUUUGCCUUUAAGGUGUGGUGUGAUAAAGAGGACAAGGAGGAGGAGGACGAGGAGAGUGAGGAUUUUAAGGGCAGUAUUGCGUUCUGUUUGCAGGUGGAGCACGCAGGCACUCGUACAUACUACUUCAGUGCAGAUAGCCAGAAAGAGCAGGAGGAGUGGAUCCAAGCCAUGCAUGAAGCUGCCAGGGUACACAUCCCAUCCACCCCUGGAAAUAAAUCUGACCCCAUCCAUGCAGCAGACCAAAGCGACAAAGUAGCCAAGAGACUCGAACCCAGCUCUCACACAGAGAACAAUGGCCAGAGGCCAGACCCCCAUGAGUCUGUCAAACACGAGCUCAAUGGGGUAGAGACAAGAAACACCACACCCAGCACCCCAGUGACCCCAGUUACCCCUAAUAUAGAGGGCAGGAUGGGAGAGAAAGGGGGACUGGCACCCCAUCACCCCAAUGGAUGGGGUCACUAUGGUCCUUCCAACGGUUCACGGUCCCAGGAGAACACGAGGUACGUACGGGAGCCGCAUGAGCUUCAUGAGAACGUAGUGAUGCGAAGGGGUUUUGUGCCCAGGACGGCACCAGAGAGACUCGCCCAGAGGAAGAGCUCAAUGACUCAGCUGCAGCAGUGGGUGAACCAGCGCAGAGCCAUGGGACCUCAGGAUGACCUGCAAAGUCCAUCUAGGUACUACACAUUAAACCGCGGUAUGUCACCGGAAUACAACGGCAUUUAUGGCGGGCAUCCGUACGUGGAGGAAUAUCACCUCUACCCACCAGGUGUCCGUCCUGAGAGCAUCUGCUCAAUGUCGGCUGCUUAUGACCGCCCGUCCCCUCGCUGGACUGUGGAGGACAGAAGGCGAUCAUUGCGAGACGGACCCCUGUAUGGCCAGCCUCGAGACCCUCAGUGGAUGAUUGGACCCCAGGGCCCUCAUCCUGCUUACUUUCCCCAUCUGGACUCAGCUCAGAACUCUAUGAGACUACUUUCUAUACAGCCACGAUCACGGUCGGUUCCCCGCUCGCCUUCCUCCUCGUCAGGAGGACCAUAUUCUCCACACAGCUUCGCCUCACCUGCUCAAUCACCCAGCGUCAGGUUUGAUCAGGGGCCCGGCCGACUCAGAGAAGAAGGCUUAUACGCUGAUCCCUCAGUCUACGGCCUGCGCAGGUCACUCAGCUCACCUAAGUAUGAUUUCCCUGGAGAUCGCCGCUCCUUCAGCCACGGAAUGUACCAUUAUAACUACCCAGUAUCCCCCUCUCUCCAUAGUAAAAUGGAGGACAUAUUAGAUCUGCAGCUUCAGAGGAACCUGGAGUACCUAGAUCAGCAGAUGACAGAUGGUGGCCAUCUAAUUGGCAUGGUAACCCGAAUGGUUGAACGUUCCUCUCCUCGAGCAAAGCUUUUCUCACAAGUUCCUCCGUUCCAUGAUAUGUACAGUGACCUACAUCCCACACUGAAGCUUAAUGAGAUCGAGACCAGUAAACUGCUGGGUCGUCUGUGUGAGCAGAAUCGACUUCUUAAAGAGCAGGAGGCUGUAGUUCAUCGUUUGCGAAUGGAAAAGGACAGCCUAGAAGGGGUGCUGGUAGCCACACAUCAGGAGAUGGAGCUGUACAGGAACCAGCCGCUGGCAAUGGAGAAACUUCAGAUGAAAAAAGAGAGUCUACAAAACAAGCUUAUUAACAUCAGGGGAGAGCUGUCACAGGCCUCUAGUACCCUGACCACCACCCGAAUGGAGUUUGAGGCUUUGGAGGAUGAGGUGAACGCCAUCCAUGGUGACCUGUGGGAGCAGCUGAAUGCUGGAGGGCAGAGUGAGCUGGUACACAGGCACAUUCAGAAGGAGUUUUGGAGGGUUCAAGAUGUUUUGGAGGGGCUGCACAAAAACAACCCAUCCCGUGGCACGGACACGGCCAAGCACAGAGCUAGUGGAGCUGGCUCAUUCAGCACAAACAGUUCUGCAAGCCCAUUGAGUUCAGUGAGUCUAACAAGUCCUCUCAGCCCCUACUCUUCUGUCCCUGGCUCUCAGGCCUCACCCACUAAACAGUUUGCCACAGAGGAGGUUGGCCCUCCGCGACCUCCACUUCCUAAAUCUUACCAGCCACUGGAGUCCUCCCAGUCCUUUCCCCCACCCGUCCCUCCCCUGCUCUUAGACAGCAAUGCCUGGCUGCGCAGCUUGGGCCCACAUUCAGGCAUCCACCAGGAAGUCUACAAGGACGAUGCAGAAUUCCACAGCAGAAAGCAAAACUACAACUCGCAGGGAGAAAAGACCUGCGACCUUGAAAUCGAGCAGGACAGGCAAUCCAACCAGAAUAAAGUUGGAAUCAUUUCACCCAGGAGCAUGUCGCCAUCAGAAGACAAGAGUAAUUCUGAUGGUAUCCAACGAAGAAACGGGAAAGUGUCCAAUGGUCACAUUUCAAGAGAGAGGCCAAAGAGUGCCGUGUUCCCCGCAGAGGUUAAGUCUAAAAUGAGUGUGGAGGAACAGAAUGAGAGGAUACGAAGGAACCAGAGCAGUUCUGUAAGAGACAAAAGACGCAGUCUCCACCUUUCCAGCAGCCAGCACAAUGACGGCUUCAAACCCUCCAGCAACUACAGAGUGGUGCGGAGGAGAGUGACGGCGGAUGAGGUGGAUAUUAAGGGUCUGGAGGCAGCAGUGAGGGGAGAAGGCAUGGAAUCACCAAGGCAGGAAAUCGCUCGCUUGCGGCAACAAGUGGAGCCUCAACACUAUGACCUGGACAUCAGCAAAGAGUUGUCCAACCCAGAAAAAGUCCUGAUCCCUGAGCGAUAUUUAGAAGUUGAGCCCAGUACACCACUCAGCCCUGAAGAGGUGUGGGAAAAACAAAAGAAAGUGGAGAGAAUCAAGACACUUAUUGCCAAAUCAAACAUGCAGAAUAUGGUGCCGGUGCUGGACGGGCCGGUGGAGGGAUCCAAUAACCCAGAGCAGCAGCUUCAGGAACAGGAGAAGCGGAUUGAAAUUUCCUGCGCACUGGCCGCUGAGGCCUCCCGCCGUAGCCGCCUGCUCUCCGCCCAGUGUGCCCCCAGUCCCCCUGCCUCCCCAACCAGCCUGGUCCCUCCCCCUUCUGCUGACCACUCUGACUCCUCCCACAUCAUGAAGGUAUAA